AGAUAGAUAGUUAGAUAAAUUGGUUUAAUUUGUGGAUCGACACUGAGGCCAUUUCCACAAUAAAAAACAUAAAAAAUGAAUGAAUUUGAAAUGAAUAUUGGAGUGAGCUGAAGCUAGCACACAAUGACGACCCAAAUUUGACAGCCAUACUGGAAAACACAGUGAAGUGCAAAUUAAAAUGUGUGAGAUUUAAUCGCUUCUGGGAGUGGGAUCUGAUGCUGGAAGACAAUUAUUGCACUAGAUUAUUCUUUCCCAGUGCCCAGUAAUGUUCUCAGUGUCUUUCUGAGUGUUGUUUUUAGGGUUUCUAGUUGUGUCCUCCAGAACGCAAAUUGUGUCUUUCCCAGAGCACAAUUUGCGCUUUAACAGGGCACAACUUUAUCUUGUCUCCCUAAUCAGUGGAUUCUUGAUACUGUUGAACACGAUCACCAGAUUCUUGUUUUUUGGUCUGUAAGUGUAAGUGUUCAUGUGAGUGACUUUCGGCCGGAAGAUUUGUGAAUUUUCACUGUUUUCUUGAGUGUGCAAAAUUUUUGUUUCAAAUGUUUAUAAACAAAUCGCAGCGCCCUCAAGGUGGUAUAAAAAGCAAACUUUGCUAAAUGCUAAGCGCCUCUGGUGGAAAUUUUUGGAAAUCUGUGUGAAGUUUUUCCAAGAGCAAUCUGUCAAAGGAAGUUUUGCGUCUUGUGGGAAUUUUUCUUUUGCUGAAGAAAAAAAACUAGUGAAAAAGUUCAAGUGGUGUGCAGUGUGUUGUGCAAAGUGUGAGAGGAACGAACGAGUGAUAUGGCGGCAGAGAUAAAACCAGCCCCACGUACGGGGAAUGACCAGAGAUUCAGUACGUCAAAGCCAAAGCCUGAGCUUCUCAGUAAGCUGGAAGGCAGUGGCGACGACGUCAAUGCUGCCUGCCUCAUUCCUGGUGAGGAUGGCGUUAUCAGUGUGUCGGAUGACAAGACGAUUCGGGUGUGGUUAAAACGGGGCUCGGGGCAGUACUGGCCAAGUAUUUGUCAGUACAUGCCAUCCGGAUGUACGUCUCUGGACUACAUUCCCGAAACGAGGCACUUAUUUGUGGGUCAGGAGAAUGGCACAGUGUCACAGUACCUUCUGGCUGAGGAUUGCAACAGUCUCCAGCUCAUACGGGACUUUCUGGCUCAUCAGGCUCGUGUUGUGGCUGUGGUGUUUGCCAAACACAGUGGCUGGAUACUCAGUGCUGGACGAGAUAAGAUCUUUUCCUAUCACUGCACCAGCACUGGCAAUCGCAUCGGCGGAUUCACUUUUGAGGCCAUCUGUACAGCCCUCCAAUACGAUUCCCAGGCCAAGUACGCCUUUGUGGGCGACUAUGCCGGUCAGAUAACGAUGUUGCGUCUCGAUUCGACCGGCACCACCGUGGUGACCACAUUCAAGGGACACACUGGCUCAAUUCGUGCCUUAAGCUGGGUUCCGGGGCCACAGCUACUCUUCAGCGGCUCUUUCGACCAGUCGGUCAUCGUGUGGGAUGUAGGCGGACGCCGUGGCACUAUCUAUGAGCUCCAGGGACACAGCAACAAAGUGUCAGCUCUGGCCUAUGCCAAUGGCGCGCAGCAGCUCAUCUCUGCCGGCGAGGAUUCCGUUAUUGUGUUCUGGGAGAUGAAUGCGAUGCGCAAGGAAGUGCCCGAAUGGGUGGAAUCGGACAUUUGCCAACUCUGCAGCCGACCAUUCUUCUGGAAUUUGAAAGCAAUGAUGGAUCAACGACAAAUUGGUAUAAGACAACAUCACUGUCGUCACUGUGGCAAAGCUAUUUGUGAUAAAUGUUCGACGAAACGUAUUAAUAUACCGAUAAUGGGAUUUGAAUUUGACGUACGAGUGUGUGAUCCAUGCUUCAAAGUUCUCCAACCCAUUGAGAGACCAUCUCUGGCGAUGUUUCAUGAUGCUAAACACAGCAUUGUGGCGAUGGAUUUGGACGAAAGACGCAAAAGACUGCUUAGCAUUGGUCAGGAUCGCGUUAUAAAAGUCUGGGACCUUUCAUCGAUUUGGGCUUAAUUUGAUGGACAAUGGCAAAUUGUGGUGGGGCAAAAGAGAAAAAAAAGAAAGAAAAACAUGAAAUAAGAAAAAAAAGCAUGUGUAACACUACCAAUAUUCUCAUAAUGCCUCUGUGGCAGUGCUUAUCGGCAUUUUCUUCUUUUCUCCUGAAUGUGUUUCCCACAAACAUUUUUUGGGUAAGUGAAUGCUAUUUAUUUUGACUUCUUUAUUCUUCUUUUCUUUUCUUAUUUUUUUCCUAAAUUCACAUUAUUCGCAAUAGAUAACAAAAAAAAAUAAACAUCCAAAUCAAUAUUCCUUAGUCCACCACAAAGAGGAAUUAAAAAAAAUCAUAUCAUAAGUUAAAACAUCAAAUUUUUAUUAUGACUUAUUUUUAAUCUCAUGUUAAUACAAUUUCAUAUAAAGAAAAAAAUAUUAUUAUUAUUAUUAUUUUGUUAAAUAAUCACUACUCUAAGUGGGAAGAUUUACUUUCUAUUAUUAUAUAUUUUUUAAAUGAAUAAAUAAGUUGUAAUUGUGUUUAAAAAAAAAAAGA